UUUUGGCCCGUGCUGCAAGCUUGCGCUGGCCAUGUUGUGCCUGCUUGAGGCCUAUGUGAAGCGUUGGGCCAAUUUGUCCCACGACUGAUGGGCUUGGAAGAUGCUUGAACUGCGAACAGGUCACAACCAAGAUGAAUUCUUUCCAUUUGGAAAUAUGUGUGCGAUCAUCAUUUGCUGUCUGGCAGCUCUUUUGAUUAGGCGUGUUGAUCAUCCGAGAGCCAAAGUGCCAGAGACCUGGAUGAAGAGCCUGCUCUAUGAGCUCAAAGAGAUUUGUGCUAAACUCCAGGCAGGACUUGCGCUUGUGAAGGGCACCAUCACGGGGUCUGGUGAGCCACUCAGAUCUUGCAAAUGGACAACUUUUUUGUCUGCAUUCUCCAGAACUGGAAGUGAAGCUCAACCAACAGCUGUUCUGGAGGUGAAUGGUACCCAUGCCCACGUUCCAAAGCAAAUAGGUGACCAGCAGGUGUUGCAAACUACGGCAGGCAAAAGGAAACGAAAAGCAAAGAAGGCCAAAGAAGCCGAAGCAAUCCUUGACAAGGAGGAUGCAACAGCUCAAAAGAAUGAGUUCCGAGAAGAUUUAGAUCGGACAGUAGACCUAACCAGCUUAGUUUGGGAUCGCGUUGGACUUCAAGAGUGCUCGGCGAGAGUUUCAGGCGACGUCCAACAUGGGCGCUGCCUGUUCUCGACAUGCUUGCCCAGCUUGCCGGUGCUGCAGGAGACUGGAUGCACAGGAUGCACCAGUGUGGAAGCGGCAUGGUUGAUGGCCUACACAAGGUCUGUCUCUCUAUUGGACAAAUCCAACGUCAAGGAGAAUGGCGGUUGCUCCAGCCGGAAUGACAAGUUGAAUAUAGAGCCCCUUGAUGCUUGGGAUCCUUUAAAGUCCUUGUGGGACAAAGAACGAGGUGUUGCUGCUGAACAGGGUCGCGUGAUCCUCAUGGCUACAUCAAGAUGGCUGAAUGGAGACACUGCGAUGCCGCCAAGGGCUAUGGCAUCUUUGCGAUUCCUUGGCCCCACAGUAGCAGAGGCCCAGGAUGCAAAGCAUUCUACAGAGCCUAAGCAGGAUAAGCUUGGUGGCUCAGGCAAGACCUCAAAGUCGCGGGUGCAGGCCAGUGGCAAAGCUCACGUGGAGCUGCCCCAGUCGAACAUCAAGGAGCCAAUGGAAGAAAUAUGAAGAAUUAGAGUGAGACUACCAGAAAUAAUACCUUGCCAAGCACACCAAAUGAUGCUUUCAGGUAGCGCGGACCUUUAUUGAAGUGGACGAGGGAGCCAGCUCUUUGUCUUCUAGGCUCAAAAAGUCCAUGAGUUGGGGGGACAUUCCCAUGUGUUCCCACACUGAGCUGAGAGGGGCAUUUUUGUAAUCAAUUUUUACUGGAUGUGAAGCGAUGCGCU